AUGGCUGACCAAGAGAACGAGGAUGCUUCCACUGUGCUUGCAACUUUGAGAAUAGAGUCCAACGAAGAUCUAAUUCCCUUUUUCUAUACUUUUGAAGACUAUUACGAGAGAAAGUUAUGGCAUCAAUUGACUAAAUCUGUCGAUGAAUUCUUUCACAAUGAGCUAUCCAAACCCAUUAGGGUCAGACUAUUUCACCAGUUUAUUCUUAAAUUUUACCAAAACAUAAAUCAAUUGAAGUUUGUUCAAUUUGCUUUAACAGCUUCCAGUGAAAUUGAAUCAAAUGAGGAAAAACUCUUUUUCUUGCAAAACAUAAAGGACAAAUUGGAAGCAAAUUUGCCUGAAGAUUACCACAAUUAUAACAAAAACAAAAAAAUCGCUUUUAAUUUAAAUGAUUGCUUUAAUAAAAUCGACGAUAAAAUCGACGCCUUUAUUUUCUUGCAAAUAGAGAUCUCAAGAAUUCAAUUAUUCUUGAACGAACUAGAAAAAUCUAGAGAAAUCUUGGAUAAAAUGGCACUUGAAAUCGAUUUACUAUCUUCAAUUAAUAACGUCAUUAACGCCUCCUUUUAUUCAACCAACGCCCAAUAUUACAAAUUGAAAAAUGAUUAUAACGACUUUUACAAAAACUCUUUAUUAUACUUGGCUUGUCUCGAUAGCGAUUUGUUGAAUGAGUUGUCUGAAGUCGAUAAGCAAUUAAUCGCCUACGAUUUAAGUAUUGCGGCUUUGCUAGGCGACAAAAUCUAUAAUUUUGGUGAAUUGUUAUUACACGAUAUCCUAAACUCGUUGAAAAAUGACAAAUAUUCUUGGUUAAGAGACUUUUUAUUCAUCCUAAACUCUGGUGACUUGAAUAAAUUCGAAUCAGUCUUGUCUUCGAUCUUUGAAAAAUCUCCCUUACUAUUGCAAAACGAAUUCUUUCUCAAACAAAAAAUUUGCCUAAUGGCUUUAAUUGAACUCAUCUUUCAAAAGCCCAAUGGUCAAAGAGUCCUCACCUUUAACGAAAUUUCAAAAACAACAAGAUUGCCAAUAAACGAUGUUGAACACUUAGUCAUGAGAGCAUUAAGUCUAAAUCUCUUGAAGGGUUUCAUCGAUCAAGUCAACAAUACAAUCACCGUAACCUGGGUCCAACCAAGAAUCAUGAAUAUCGAUCAGGUUGAAAGUAUGAGAGAUAAAUUAGACUCUUGGUCAAAUAAUGUCGAAAACUUGGCUGGGUUCAUGCGUGACAAUGGUAAUGAAAUCUGGACUUUUGUUUAA